GCAUACAGCCUGGCAGUCCUUUCUUCCAAUCUUUAAAUGCUGAUCCACACUCUAACCAUUGGCUGAACAGGCGUUAUUCUAAUUCCCAACCCACCGUACAGGCGUACCCCACCCAGCUCAAAAAACAAGGCGUUAUUCCUGAGCGCCGAGCGUCUCUCGCCCUCUCGUUUCUCUCUGUCGUGGACUUCUGGAGGAAGGAGAUGGAGUUUCCAUUUGGGCAUCGCCAUCAUCACAGCCACCAUCAUGAGAGAAGGGAUGAUGAAGAGCAGUACCCACCACCCGGCAACCAUGAGCCCUCUUGGCCACCUCCGCCGCAAGACUUCCAACAACCUCCCCCUCCUCCCAAUCGCUUUGACUACGAACCUGAUUACCCUUCUGUCCACCAUGUCUCUCAUCACCAUUACGAACCUCAAUCUGAACCUCAAUAUGGUUAUGCUUCGGUCCACCAUGUCACUCAUCAGACCCACCAGGAGUUUGAUCCUGUUCCAUCUGAUGAUUUUCGCUCUGAAACUCAUCACCACCACCACCAACAACAUCACAGCCAUGGUGGUUCUGGAUCUGAACUGUUGAAUAAACCCACCAGAAGGGUCUACUCCAAGACUCAAACUGAUUAUUCUCUCACUAUCCGAGAUGGGCAUGUCAUACUCGCUCGAUCUGAUGAAAAUGAUCCAUUUCAGCACUGGAUUAAAGAUGAGAAAUAUAGUACGAGGGUGAAGGAUGAAGAGGGUUUUCCAAGUUUUUCUAUGGUGAAUAAGGCUACUGGUCAGGCUAUAAAGCACUCCAUUGGAGCCACCCAUCCAGUCCAGCUGAUCUCUUACAACCCUGAUGUUCUUGAUGAGUCAAUCCUGUGGACUGAGAGUAGGGACUUGGGAGAUGGCUUUAGAACGAUAAGAAUGGUUAAUAACAUUCGUUUGAACAUGGAUGCUUUCCAUGGGGAUCAGAACCAUGGCGGAGUCCAUGAUGGCACUACUAUUGUGCUUUGGGAGUGGAAGAAAGGUGAUAAUCAGCGUUGGAAGAUUUCUCCUUACUGACCUGUGUGCUGUGGAGCCUCCCGUGUUUGGAAGCUUUUGCGACAAGAUUAUGGUCUUUUGCUACAGGCUUUCUAUAUUUUCUCGUUGGGUAUUAUUAUGGUGUUCUAGGAUUACCAUUCUGUAUGGGUCAGGAACCAGAGAUCAUGUAUGUGUGCUAGACUCUAUGGUUGUUCACCUUCUCAUUUUAUAUUAUAUAUGAAUAGUAUAGUAAUUACUUAUUGAAAUAAAAAUAAUAAUGGGCAAAAGAUUGUUCCCUA